AUGUCAGCGCGAAGACUACGAAGCCACAAGAAGUUUGGGGAUGAUGUUGAAGAGGAAGCACACAUAGAGGAUAAGGUUGAAGCUGUUACAAACGAAUCCGAGUCCGAGGACAGCGAUGACGCCCCAGAAGAGGAGUCUAUGAGUUCAGGUAAAGAGAAGUUGACUGCUAAGAUCGAAGCAGAGCGCGCAACAAUCCAAGAAAUCGAGCGCAAACAGAAAGAGAAGAGAAGACUUCUCGAGCAACGAAAUCAAGAACAGGCAAAGUCGCGCAAGCUCAAACUUGAAGAAAAAGAUACAGAGACCCCUGAUCUGCUUCCCGAAGGACUUUUGGACAACUACGAGGCAGAGGAGGAGACCGAGAAACCGAAGAAGAUUGUUUUUGAUGACGAGGAAGCUGAGAUGAGCCGCGAAGAAUUGACCAAGCUGAAACUCAAACAAGCACGGAGCAUGAACAAAAAGAUAAUAAAGAAAGGACCAGUGCGAGUCCAGGUUUUGUCAAAGAAUAAAAGCGUGCUGAACGUUCCAGUGAGCAGUAUUGGAUCGAAAAAGGACAAAUGGCUAAAUCGCAAGGCUAUUAAGCGCAGAUGA